CGCUAUCCUCAAUGAGGUUCAUCAUCUGCUUCCAAAUCAGCUGUUUGUGCAUGUGAAUCGGAGCAACUUAAAAUACAGUGACAUCAUCUAAAACGAGUCACUAUAAUCCUGAUAACUGGAUGCUUCUGACAUAUGAACUGCCAUUUGCAUUAUGAACUUUAUAAAUAUUAUGAGAAGAGCGCCAGCUAGUGGCAGGAGUUUACUUUCCCAGUACCCAUUCACACCCGUGCAGAACGUCACAAGAUAUGCAAGUACGGAAGAUACGCAGGAAACACGUGACAUGAUUGAUCGCAUUAUACGUGUUGAUCACGCCGGUGAACUUGGAGCUGACAGAAUAUAUGCUGGUCAAAUGGCUGUUCUGGGAAACACCUCUGUUGGACCAGUUAUAAAGGAAAUGUGGGAGCAGGAGAAAAAACAUUUGAAAACAUUUGAAGAGUUGAUUCCACAGCAUAGAGUCAGACCAACAUUUCUUUAUCCCCUGUGGAGUAUGGCAGGCUUUGCACUCGGUGCUGGUUCAGCACUGCUAGGCAAGGAAGGUGCUAUGGCAUGCACAGUAGCUGUGGAAGAAGUCAUAGGAGAACACUAUGACAGUCAAUUAAGAGAACUUUACAAAGACGAUCCAGAAAAACAUAAAGCACUUCUGGAAAUUAUCAAAGAGUUCCGUGAUGAUGAGCUUGGACAUUUAGAUACUGGUUUACAACAUGACGCUGAACAAGCACCUCUCUACUCAGCGCUGACUAACGUGAUCAAGGUUGGAUGUAGAGGUGCUGUGUGGGUUGCUGAGAGAAUAUGAAAACAACAUUAUUACAUUUACCAAAACAUCCAUAAAUAUCCAAUAGCCUAAAAAUAUGUUUGUUUAUUUUUUUAAAUAACUUACUCAUCAUAGUCAACUUUUUUGUGCUAAGCUUUUGUAAAUCAUGGGAGUUGGCUGCAAAAGUGUGCAGUGCAAUUUUUUUUUCCAUAUGUAAAGUCUUACAAUCAAUGGUUUCAAUUAGGGCAUUCAGGGAAGUUUAUAUUUUUGAAAAAUAUCUAAUAAACAAAAUUGUUAUCAGCAUCCUU